GAUUAUCUGUGGAUCAGAGUGCAGCAGGCUGGAUGUGACGAUGGGGCACUCUUUGCUCUGCAUGAUGGGCUUUUUCUUGCUCAGUGCAGUCAUCUGUGGAAAUGCUGAAGAUAAACCAAAGGCUGAACUGAGAGCUGAUAGGACAGCUGUUCCAGUAGGGGGCAGUGUGACCCUGACCUGCUCUGUGAGCCCAUCAUCAUCAUCAUCAUCAUCAACUUCUGGAUGGAAAUACUACUGGUACAGAGAUGAAAAAUACUCUCAACCCCUGACAACUCAAGAUGCAGUUUUUCUAUCAAAUGGACAAAUCAGUGUCUCAGAGGGAGGACUCUACAGCUGCAAAGGAGGAAGAGGAGAACCAGUUUACUACACAGAGGACAGUGAGACAGUCAGGAUUGUGUCAAACAGGCCUGUUGUGACUCUGUAUCCAAACUGGUCUGAGAUAUACAGAGGAGAGACGAUCACUGUCAGAUGUGAGAUCCAUGGAGGAGACACUGAGUGGGAUUAUGAGUGGGAAACAAACAGCAUCAGAAAACCUCCAAAUCAAAAUGAAUACAGGAUUAGAUCUGCUUCAUCAUCCAACAGUGGAAACUAUCGCUGUAAGGGCAGAAUGAAAAGUUCACAGCAUAAAACAACAGAGUGGAGUGAUUCAGUCACACUGACAGUUUCUGACAAUAAACCCCGUCCUGUCCUCACUGUGUCUCCAUCAUGGCUGAGUCCUGGAGCCUCAGUAACUCUGAACUGUCAGGUUGAACAUCCGUCUGCAGGAUGGAGCUUCUACUGGUAUAAAGCUGUUCCUGAUCUAUCAGAGAAAUCCUCCAGUUAUGAGCUGCUACCUGAUGGCAGUGGGACUGCACAGGACUCCUACAUCAUUCAUGGACAGACACACACAGCAGGAUAUGUGUGCAGAGCUGGAAGAGGAGACCCAGAGUAUCACACUGAUCACAGUCAACCAAAGUUUGUCUGGUCUGCAGAUGUUCAUUCAGCAGCGUCUCUCACAGUGAGUCCUGACAGAGUGCAACACUUCAUCUCUGACUCUGUCUCACUGACCUGUGAGGGAAACUUCACUGAGUGGAGAGUGAUGAAGUUCUCUGAGGACGGCCGACUGUACUCUGUCUGUAGGAGAAUGACUGGAUACACAUGUAACAUCUACACAUCAAAGUCAGAUACUGGAGUGUACUGGUGUGAGUCUGGAUCAGGAGAGUUCAGCAGUGCAGUCAACAUCACUGUACAGAGUAUGUUAUUAUACAUUUACUUCUUGGAUUUGAAUGAUUUAGACGUCACAUGAACAUUUGUCCCAGCUUUGCUGUA